CGAACACGAACUUAGUCGCUGCGACGGGCACUAUGGCAGCCUUUCCCGUAUGCGCAUUGAUCAUGCGCCGUUUAAGAUACCCCCCAUGGAUAUCCUUUAAUAGCAUUGCGCAUCCCUAGAAAACUUAUAUACCGCUUCUCUGCGCAAAGGUCUCCGCCAUCAUCACCCGACAUUCGUCUAGUCAUUCGUUAAAAUUCCCAACCAAAACAAUCAUGAGGAGAAACCAACUAAUCAGCCUCGCGCUGCUUGCACCAAGUUGUCAAGCAUACGUCUGGCCCAGCAAGUACGACCAGCUCGAUGACCUCUUGUAUCUGCAAUCUGGCUACAUCAGGAACGGAGAACUCUCAGAUCAGGUUAUGACCUGUGGAUUCGGCGCCGGUCAACCAGGCAUCCAAAAGGCCGCAGAAUGGGUGCGAACGAACUUCCACGACGCUGUCACCCACGAUGCUGCAACGGGGAUUGGAGGCUUGGACGCUUCGAUCCAAUACGAACUCGACAGACCAGAGAAUCUUGGCGCUGCGUUGAACAACACCCUAUCCGAUAUGGCUAGUUCAGUCAACAUUCGAAGCUCUGCAGCCGACGUUUUGGCCUUAUCAUUGGUCAUGUCUGUGGCUCGUUGCGCUGAUAUGCGCGUGCCAUUACGACUGGGGCGCAAGGAUGCGGCGGAGGCAGGUAUCAAAGGCGUGCCAGAAGCGCACACCGACCUCGAAACCACAAGGAAGAGAUUUGAAACUGCCAGUUUGACAGAGAAGGAGAUGAUCACUUUGAUUGCUUGUGGUCACAGCAUUGGUGGUGUUCACUCAGUCGAUCACCCGGAGAUCGUUUCCGGUCCCGUCACUGCCGAGAACAAGGCAACUUUCGAUACGACGAGCGGAGAGAUGGAUAACAAUGUGGUACUGGAGUACCUCAACAACUCGACAGCAAACCCCCUGGUCGUCAACGCCAACAACACGUUGAACUCCGACAAGCGCAUCUUCCUAGCCGACGACAACGCGACCAUGCGCAAGCUUGCAGACAAGGCCUACUUCAAGUCGCAGUGUGAAGCUGCCUUCGAGAAAUUGAUCCACCUCGUGCCAGGAGAUGUCACACUAACAGAGCCCAUGGAGCCCGCAGACAUCCGUCCUUACAUCACAUCCUACCAAAUCAAGGAUGGAGCUGUCGAACUAUCAGGACGUCUUCGCGUCCGAACAACACCAGUCACCGGCCGUGACGGCAACUCGCUCACUGCUUCUCUCAUUCCAGUCUCGCGCAACGGCACCGCACCUACCGAGAUCGUCGCCAACCCCGCUAGGUUCAAGGGAGGAGUGUCUUUUGGAUACCUAGACGAAAGAUUCCAAUGGUUUGAAUUCGACCAGACGCUCAACGCUACCGAUGCGUUCGAAUCCUUCACCAUUCGCGUCAACGAUGAGACCUACGACAACGGCGGCACAGGCUCAUACCCGAUCAAUGCCGACGUCCUCUACCAAAAUGCACAGUCAUGCACAGUUCAUGACACGGCUACAGAUGAAUGGAGAUUGACUGUGACUGCAGCCGUUUCAAAGUCUCUUCUCCAGGGUGGUGCUACACCACAGAUCAACGUUUCGAAGAAGUCCAAGGUUCAAGGCCUCGUCAUUCCUCGUCUGAUGCCAGAUAUCGUCGAGAUGACGCGUGCAGGCAAGGAAACUGCGGAGUAUGUUUACUAUACUGCCACGACGGUCUUACCUGUGAGUGGGCUUGACUCUACUUUUGAUAUCGAGGUUGGCAACUCCAAGGUGGAGUUUAUCAACGCGAAUGCUCUUACUCAGCAAGCGUGUGCGCCGUUAUAGAUACCCCAUAUGUAAUGAACAU